CUCUGUUUGCACUCCCAUUCUAAAUUUGUAUUCAUCGCCGACGACUGCUGGCAUCACGAUCGCAUGGCGAGACGGGAACAACUUGAUUACUUGCUCGCGAGACUCCGUGUACAAGAUAAAUAUCUGGAAGUUCUUACAGAAAUUAGUUCCAAUCUGGUGGCUGAAUUUGUAUCUGAAUUUCAGUCUAACGAAUUGGCCAUGUCAGAGCAGACCGAGCAGAGCUAUCGCAGGCGUGUUAUACGUGGUUUGGUAGACGUAAUCAAGUGUGGGUUGUGUGAGAAAAUCGGAAUGUUAGAGUUGUAUUUACACUCGAGCUUCCAACGAGCAGUCGAAGUUGAAGUCGAAUCACGUCUGCGACAGAUGAAAGACCUCGCGGCCGUGAGAGCAAACAUCGACGCCGCCGACAUCCAAGAUCGUGUUGCACGUCAUCACGAUGACGAAAGUGAUUUUGAUCGCCUGAAGCGUAUGGAAAUCGAACUACGUUGUGGAAUUUGUUCGGAGCUCAUGGUUUCGGCUACAACUUUGAACUGCAUGCACACCUAUUGCCAGUGUUGCAUAACACACUGGAAAACCUUCGAAGAACACCGAGGAACUGUGGCAAGAUGUCCUGUCUGCAGGGAAUUCACAGUGUCAGAAAAACGGAACUAUUUUGCCGAUAACUUGAUCGGGAUAAUUGUGGAUGGUUACCCGGAAGAAGAGAAGAACAGAAGAAAGGAGUUGGUUGCUAGCCAUCAAGAAUUAUUAACGCAAAAUGUUGUAACGCUACCCGAGACGAAUUCUGCCAACCCAUCUGUUAAUCUCUUCAGUCUAUUUAUGACAGAAAUUAAGAAGAUGCUCGAAGAUAUUAAGGAAUUUCUUGCUGAGACUAGUGUUCUUCCAGUGAUUCCGCUAAUUCCAAUUGAUCCUGAACCUCCACAGCCCACCCGUUCUGAACAAUUGCCAUCGAGUUUAGUAGCGACUGUAGUUCCUGUACUAGGCCUACCGAGAGGGUCUAGUACUCCAACAUCGACUGGUAUACAUCCUUUGAACCAGCAAAGAGUUAGCAGACGUGAGCAAAGGGAUCGACAGACCAGACCCGCAAACGGCGGCAUUCCAGGCCCACAACCACAAUCCAGCAUCCAAAGAGCCGCUAACCGUAGGAACCAGCAGUCGUCAGCUCGUCCAGCAACAGGUCGCAAAGUCCACGGGUCGUUAUUGGCGAGACCGCACUGGCGUUAUUGAUUUUUGUCAAAUAUUUUUACAUAUGGUAACUGGGGCUGGUCGCUGCCUACUCAUUAUUCUUUUACUUGUGUAAUAUGUAUUUUAAUAAUCUGAUUUGGAGAUUUGUUUCCCCGCCCUUCUAAUUUAAAAAAUGUUUUUGAAGCUGCUCAAUCCAGGCUGGUCGCUGCCUACUCACUAUUCGUUUACUUGUGUAUAAUAUGUAUUUUAAUUAUUUGAGAUUUGUUUCCCCGCCCUUCUAAUUUAAAAAAUGUUUUUGAAACUGUUUUAUCCAAUAUGCUAUGGUUUUAUUUUCUGGAAUACAAAUAUGUAACGAGA